CGUGCUGCAGGGGGCGGUACCAUGCGAUGACGAUCAAAGAAGUAGCGACGGAAAGUAGGCGAAGAAGAAGCACACCAGCGGCAGUCAACAUGGCGUUCAGUUUUGGCGGUGGUGCAGCAGCCAACACGGCAGCAAACACCUCCGGAUUUUCGUUCGGUUCGUUUGGCGCAAAGACCACAGCAUCGACAGCUUUUGGUUUCGGCACCCCUGCGACCACCACCACCGCUUCGUCUGGAUUCGGCACUAUCACAGCUCCUAGUUUUGGGACCGCCACCACCACUGCGGCCGCACCAGCUGCAGGAUUUACCUUUGGCUCCAACACUGGAUUUGGGGGGCUGGGAGCUGGAAGCACCACAGCUGGUGGGUUUAGUUUUGGGGGGUUCGGUUUAAAUGCCAACCCGACAACAGUCGGCUUUAACGCAAGCUGCUUCGGUGCAGCGUCCACCACUGGCACUGUUUUCAAUUUUGGGAAUAGCCUGGCUAGCACAGGCGCUUUUGGUGGCUUUGGGGCAACGACGACUGCUGCUGCACCAGGGUCCACAUUUAGCUUCGCUCCCUCUACCAACGCAACAGGUUUGUUUGGUAACACACAGAACAAAGGCUUUGGUUUUACUUCUGGCCUUGGUACUGGAACGGCUUCCGGGACAACCGGAUUCGGAACUGGAUUAGGAACAACUACUCUGGGUGGCUUCGGUGGCUUCAAUAUCCAGCCCACUCAGCAGCAGCAAGGAGGUUUGUUUGGCCAGCUUGCCCAGCAGCAAGCUCAGCCAAAUACCUUGUACCAGCAGGUGACAGCACUGUCAGCCCCCACCUGGUUGGGAGACGAGCGUGACACUAUACAUGCUAAAUGGAACCAGCUGCAAGCCUAUUGGGGCACGGGGAAGGGCUACUUCAGCAACAAUAACCCACCUGUGGACUUCAACCAGGAGAACCCCUUCUGCAGGUUCAAGGCUGUAGGAUACAGUUGUGUGCCAGUCAGUAAGGACGAGGAUGGUUUAGUGGCCUUGGUCCUCAACAAAAAGGAAGCAGAUGUGCGGGCGCAGCAGCAGCAGCUGGUGGAGACGCUGCACAAGGUUCUGGGGAGCAACCAGACGCUGAGUGUCAACGUAGACGGCGUCAGAUCCCUGCCUAAUGACCAGACAGAGGUGAUCAUUUAUGUGGUGGAGCGCUCCCCCAAUGGCACUUCCAAGCGCAUUCCUGCCUCGACACUCUUCACAUACCUAGAGCAGGCCAACAUCAAGGUGCAGCUCUCGCAGCUGGGUGUGACGAUGUCAGUCACACGCACCGAACUCUCGCCUGCUCAGCUCAAACAGCUGCUCCAGACCGCCCCUGCAGGGGUAGACCCCAUCAUUUGGGAGCAGGCCAAGGUGGACAAUCCAGAACCAGAGAAGUUGAUCCCAGUGCCUAUGGUUGGCUUUAAAGAGCUGCAUCGUCGACUGCAGAUUCAAGACCAGAUGACAAAGCAGCACCAGACGAGAGUGGACAUUGUUGCCAAUGACAUCAUUGAGCUUCAGAAGAACCAGGCGACCACGGUGGCCAAGAUCGCCCAAUAUAAGAGGAAGCUGAUGGAUCUAUCUCACAGGGUCUUGCAGGUGUUGAUCAAGCAGGAGAUUCAGAGGAAAAGCGGUUAUGCCAUCCAAGUAGACGAAGAGCACUUGAGGGUGCAGCUGGACACCAUUCAGUCAGAACUCAAUGCCCCCACACAGUUUAAGGGUCGCUUGAAUGAGCUGAUGUCCCAAAUACGAAUGCAGAACCACUUUGGCGCUGUGCGGUCAGAAGAGCGGUAUAGCGUUGAUGCUGACCUUCUCCGAGAAAUCAAACAACACUUGAAACAGCAGCAGGACGGCUUGAGUCACUUGAUCAGCGUCAUUAAAGAUGACUUGGAAGACAUCAAACUCAUCGAGCACGGACUGAGCGACAGUGGACACAUGCGAGGCGGUAUCCUGAGUUGAGCCGAGCAACACACACAAGCGCGCACACAAACCAACUCGCAAUAUCAAUCUUCUGACGUGUGUGACACACACAAAUAUACAUAUUUGUCAUUGUGCUGCUUCAAUUAGGGGACUGUGAAUAUAUAUUUUUGCAGAGAUCCAAUCAUUAAUGUGCUUUCUGGACUGAUAUAGAAAGAUCGCAGUGCCUAUUGAUAGCCUUCAUGUCAAAUCAGAUUAUGGAUAUGAGACUUUGAAGUGAAAAGACGUAUUGACGGAAACACAUUUGUACAUUUGUAUUGCUUUUAUGUCUGCCAUUAGAAUGUUAUUAAAUUUCAUUUCAGUUUGAAA